AUGCAACUUAAUGCAUUUCAUGAUAUGAUUUUAAUUAUAAACUCGAGUCAUGUUCUUCCACCACGAUUGAUUCGAUUGGCGUUUGCCGUUUGCCUCCUCGUUCUCAUAUUUUCACAUUUUACUGACAGUGCUCAAGAAAAGAGAAGAAUAAGAAGACCAACAGGGGCAGCAGCAGCAAAACUAUUAGAAAAGAAUUCGUCACUUAGAAAUAUUACGAGAAGUUCAUCGAAGAAGGCACAAGACAGAUCAGAUUUAUCACCAGCACCAUCAACAAACAGGUUCAAUGUACGUGCACGUAAAAGGCCAUCAUUAUUAGCAACUUCAUCGAGUGAUGUUAAAUCAACAUCGAUUAAAGAAAGCAAGAAAGAUAAAGAUGGCUAUAAGAUCGUUUGUUAUUACACGAAUUGGUCACAAUAUCGUGUGAAGAUCGGAAAGUUCAUUCCUGAAGACAUUCCAGCUGAUCUCUGCACACACAUCAUCUUCGCCUUCGGUUGGUUGAAGAAAGGGAAAUUGAGUUCAUUUGAAAGUAAUGACGAAACCAAAGAUGGAAAGAUUGGAUUGUAUUCAAGAAUUAUUGGACUCAAGAAAUCAAAUCCAAGUCUCAAGAUUCUCUUGGCCAUCGGAGGUUGGUCAUUUGGAACACAAAAGUUCAAGGAGAUGUCAGGAUCACGUUAUGCCCGUCAAACUUUUAUUUACUCAGCAAUUCCUUAUUUGAGACAGCGUGGAUUUGAUGGACUUGAUCUUGAUUGGGAGUAUCCAAAAGGCGGUGAUGACAAGAAGAAUUUCGUGCUUUUGUUGAAAGAACUUAAAGAAGCUUUUGAAGCUGAAUCACAAGAAGUUAAACAAUCAAGACUUCUUCUCUCAGCAGCUGUUCCAGUUGGACCAGAUAAUGUUCGUGGUGGUUAUGACGUGCCAGCUGUUGCCAGUUACCUUGACUUCAUCAACUUAAUGGCUUAUGAUUUCCAUGGUAAAUGGGAACGUGAGACUGGUCAUAACGCUCCACUUUACGCUCCAUCAACUGACUCUGAAUGGCGCAAACAACUGUCAGUCGACAAUGCAGCAAAUUUGUGGGUCAAGAUGGGCGCACCAAAGGAAAAAUUAAUCAUCGGAAUGCCAACUUAUGGAAGGUCAUUCACAUUGUCAGACACUGACAGACAUGGACCAAACUCACCAGCAACUGGAGGUGGGAAAGAAGGUGUUUACACUAAAGAAAGUGGAUUCCUUGCUUAUUAUGAAAUUUGUGAGAUGCUCAACAACGGUGCAGUUUAUGUUUGGGAUGAAGAAAUGAAAGUUCCUUAUAUGGUUGAUGGCGAUCAAUGGGUUGGAUUCGAUGACGAAAAAGCAAUCCGAAACAAGAUGCAAUGGAUCAAAACUGGUGGAUUUGGCGGUGCAAUGGUGUGGACUGUUGACAUGGAUGAUUUCACUGGAACGACAUGUGGUAACAAUGUUAAAUAUCCUUUGAUUGGUGCUAUGCGUGAAGAGUUGCGUGGAGUGUCACGUGGAAAGGAUGCCAAAGAUGUUGAUUGGGAAAAAGUUGCUGCUUCGUUUGAAGAUUUGCCAGAAAAACCAGAACCAAUUCCAAUUGACAUCUCAGAAAUCUUGACGAAAGUUCAAAAGUCAGAAAAGAAAAGUCAUAAGAAAAUCAAAUCCAGCGUUGCUAAAAUUGAAGCAAAAAGACGACCAGCACAAGUCUUCUGUUAUCUUACAAGUUGGUCAGCAAAACGACCUGGCGCUGGAAAGUUUGAGCCGAAAAAUGUCGAUGCUAAACUUUGUACACAUUUGGUUUAUGCUUUUGCCACACUUAAAGAUCAUAAAUUGAGUGAAGCUAACGACAACGAUCCAGACAUGUACGAUGAAGUUCUUGCUUUACGUGACAACAAUCCCGACUUACAAGUUUUACUUGCUAUUGGCGGUUGGGCAUUCGGAUCGACACCAUUCAAAGAAUUGACAUCAAAUGUUUUCCGAAUGAAUCAAUUUGUGUACGAAGCCAUCGAUUUCCUUCGUGAAUAUCAAUUCAAUGGUCUUGAUGUCGAUUGGGAAUAUCCACGAGGCGCUGACGAUCGAAAGGCUUAUGUUGACUUGUUACGUGAACUUCGUGUUGCAUUUGAAGGAGAAGCAAAGAUCUCAGGUCAACCGAGACUUCUUUUAACAGCUGCCGUGCCAGCAUCAUUCGAAGCUAUUGCUGCUGGAUAUGACGUACCAGAAAUCUCGAAAUAUCUCGACUUUAUCAACGUCAUGACUUACGAUUUCCAUGGUCAAUGUGAACGUCAAGUUGGACACAAUUCUCCACUCUUCCCAUUAGAAUCAGCUUCUGGUCAUCAGAAGAAAUUGACAGUUGAUUACAGUGCACGUGAAUGGGUGAAACAAGGCGCACCAAAAGAGAAACUUCUCAUUGGAAUGCCAACUUAUGGAAGAUCAUUUAAUCUCGUUAAUGAAACACAAUUCGAUAUUGGAGCGCCUGCAAGUGGUGGCGGUGCUGUUGGAAAAUUCACUAACGAAGCUGGUUUCUUGUCUUAUUAUGAAGUUUGCAGUUUCCUUGCACAACCCAACACAACACUUGUUUGGGAUUCUGAACAACAAGUUCCAUUUGCUUAUCGCAAAGAUCAAUGGGUUGGAUUUGAUGAUGAACGUUCAUUAAAAACCAAGAUGGAAUGGUUGAAGGAAAGCGGAUAUGGCGGUAUCAUGGUAUGGUCAAUCGACAUGGAUGAUUUCAAUGGUCGUUGUGGAUCAGGAAAGUUUCCAUUAUUGAAUUCUCUCGUCACUGAACUUGAAGGAUACAAAGUUGAUCUUGAAUAUGAUGGGCCAUAUGAAUCUUAUAAUCCACGUGGAAAAUACACAACCAAAGAUCCGAAUGUAAUAACAUGUGCUGAACAAGAAGGUCACAUCAGUUAUCAUAAAGAUUUAGCCGAUUGCACGCACUAUUAUAUGUGUGAAGGCGAACGAAAACAUCACAUGCCAUGUCCAGCUCAAUUAGUCUUCAAUCCAGACCAAAAUGUUUGUGAUUGGCCAGAAAAUGUCGAAGGCUGUCAACAAUUUACUCCGGUAAAUUACUAGCACCACCAGCAAAAUAAUUUCCAUAAAUUUUACGAUGGAAAGAUUUUGAUUUCUUUAAUGUUUAGAAAUAAAAGAAGCAACUCGGAAGAAGUCGACAGUUUAAAGUUAGAAAUUCAAAGAGUCGGAAUGUCUGUUAAAUUAAUCGUUCUUAUAUUUGCAUUAACCAUAACAAUCAUUGCUGCGAAUCCAGCAAAAAAUAAGAAAAGUAAUUACAUUGAACAGGAGAAGUCAUGUCGACAGGUUUGCGGACUUUGUGAUUGCGAUGGAUUUUAUUGUGAAGACGAAUGCAUUUGUGAAUGCAAUUUGGAAGAAGAUGAAAAUCUCCAGUGCAUUGCUGAUAUGAAAAAGGAAUGUGAUGCCAAUGGAUUGGAAUAUGAACUUAUAAUGCAAGAUUCAACAAAAGAACGUUUCCUACGUGAAACAAAAGGAAGUUCAUUUGACUUAAAGAAACAUCUUUUGAAUCUCAAACAAAAGCGAAACAGUGAUGGUGAAGAACCAGAAGUUGGAGCUGCAUUACCAGCUCAACAUGAACCUAUUGUAGCUGCACCAGCUCCCGAAGAGCCAGAACCUGUUGUUGGAGCGCCACUUACUGCUUUGUCAACUUCAAAAACAGGUCUGAAAGCACUGAAAGCACUUUCGGGAUUAGGCGACUUAGGAUUAGGUGGAAAAUCUGCUGCAUCAGGAAAGAAUUUAAUAGCACGGGAAGGUCUUGAAAAUCUGUCAUCUUCCAAACUUCUUGUUUUGUUAAGAGAAAGAUUCAACGAUCCAAUUGAAAAAGCAGCAAUUCCUGCAGCUCCUGCACUUCCCGCAUUUCCUGCAUUGCAAAAACUUGCUGUACUUCCACCAGUAGCAGACACACCAAUUGUAAAACCUUUCGCUGACUUUGGAAAAAUAUCAUUCGCUUCAGAAGCAGCUGAAAAAGCAGCCGUUGUUAGUCCUUUCGCUGGUUUUGGUAAAGCUGCAGCAAUACCACCGCCACCAGCAAUUAAACCUUUCUCUUUACCUGCUCUUCCUGUACAACCAGCUCAUCUAUUUGAUUAAGUAAACCCAAAUUAUGCCAGCAAAACAAUUUUUUACUGUGACUUCUCAAUAAAAAAAUUAUUUAAUUAAAAAAUGUCUUUCAGUUAGUUGAAGUUUAAGUUUUCUUUGUUUAGAUGGAAAUUCAGAUGGAAUUGUUAUGGAAAUAAAUUUUUUGUUCAUCACAAUGCGUGCGUUUUCUAUAAACUUUUAGCAAUAAUGUUUUUAAUU